AUCUCAUCGGUGUGUGUACAUGGGCCGAGCUGAAUCCAAAUCUGAAUGAUGCUAGGCCGUACAUGUUGUAGGUUAACAUACAGCAUAGAGUUCCUUCUCUAUGGACCAUGCUUGGUGUAGUGCAUGAUUAUGAUCGAUCUCGCUUGAUACUUUUCUUGCUUCAUCAUGUCCAUGACACUGCGCCUUGACCAAUGGAACUUUUUUUAUCAGACAAGAGUUGCCUGUCAAUAUGUUGUUCUUGCUGAAACCUGACAAAGUCAGCUGAGCUUUUUCCUGAGAAACUGUCCCCAAAAGCUCAGUAUCAACACGCCUCGUCCCUAAGCUCCGGUAGAGCUGGGAUGAGCUGAAUCUGAAUCUGAAUGGUGCUAAUACCAAGUGAUCUGAUUUGCUAGAUGUGGCGGAUUAGAGGGUGGUUUGCCUAGGUUCUAUUUGCACGUCAUGACUGUAAAAUAUUGAUUGCUGUUUUUGGUUUUGUGGUUGUCUUGAAAUAGUUCUGGUAUUCUCACUGAAUAAGUUAAGGCUUCAUCUUUAAAUGGGUUUUUCUUGUCAGGAUGUUUAAUGUGUGUCUCGUGAAUUCUUUGUUUGGAGACUUGUUUGGGAUCAUGAGCAUGGACCACACUGAAUACCUACGAAACACGGAUACUCCACCUGGGGACCGUAUCCCGUAUCGGAUACGUAUCCGAUACGGAUGCGCCCCGGAUACAUAUCCGUGGUGUAUCCACGUAUACCCGAUUAAAUGGGCCGAAAACUUCGGAUCGGAAACGUUUCCGCGCCUGGAUUCGGCCCAGCCGGCCCAACAUCACAGCACAUCCCACCUCCUGCCCUACUCCCGUGACCCGUCGGGCGUCGGCUCUCCCACGCGCAGCCGCCUCACGCAGCGCAUCGCCGCAUUCUCCCGCUCGACCUGACGGCUGACGCAGCGCCUCCGCCUCUCGUCGGCCGCCGUCCGCUGGCCGCCGUCCGUGAGGCCGCCUCCUGCCAGCCGCCGUCCGCCUCCCGCGGCCACGGGCCGCGAGGCCGCCUCCCGCCGGCCGCAGGCUGCCUCCCGUCGGCCUCCGUUCGCCCGUGAUUACUCCCGUCGGCCUCCGGCGUAAGGAGCCCCAGCCCCUGUUCAGGCCUAGGAUUUUGGCGCAAAAAGGAUUUCGAAGGCCCAAGUGACCGACCAGUGCCUGGUGGUCGUCAGCCCAUAUGCCAUCCCCGGUCCCCCUCCGCGUCCAUCCGCCAUGCCGCCGCCAGCCCCGGAGCUGCUCGAGUGCCGACCCAAUGCGGUCACCGUCAAUCGGUUCUCCAGCCGUCUAGCGCCACCGCGGUGAGGCUCUCCAGCAGGCAGGAGCGCCCGAGCGUCGGCCGCUUUGCGCCGCCCCUUCUCCGAGCAGUUGCGCAACUGCCAAUCGCCAGUCGCUACGCACCAUAAGGGGAGCCAUCUCCUCUCCUCGCCACCUGUUUGGGCCACGGGGGAGCCAUGCUGUGUAGCCUUCCUCGCCUCUUGGGCCGCUUGAAGAGCCGAAGAGGAAUCGUUGACAACGCCUUACGCCUGUACAUCUUGGCGAGGACCCAAGGCCAAAUCGCCGCCUACCUUCUCAGCGUCUGCACUCCAUUGGUGCACCGGUGUAGAUCUAGCUGUGGUCAGGCUUCCACUAUGGUUCUAGGCAGCAAUAUUUCCAUCCAGAAAACCUUGUACGAGGUUUUAUCUGUGAGUGAAGAUGCUACAUAUGGCGAAAUCCGUGCAGCGUACAAGUCUGCUGCUCUUAACACACAUCCUGACAAAGGACAUAUGACUCUUGAAUCAUCUGUGCCUUCCAGUGAGCAACAAGAAUUUUUGAGCGUGCAGAGAGCAUGGGAAAUCCUACGCCAUCCUGCAUCUAGAGCAGACUACGAUAAGCAGCUGCAAUCAUCCAGGCAGAACAUUGAGAUCAUUGCAUCUGAAAUCAAAAUUGGGGACAUGAUCGUGGAGAGCACUGCUGAUACUGUGGAGUUGUUGUACCCAUGCAGGUGUGGCGAUUAUUUUUCUAUCACUUCGUGUGAGCUUGGCGAUAUGGGGAUUUUGGUCAGUGGAGAUGGAGAAGUGGAACAGCAGGCGUCUGAUUCUUCAUCAGCUUUUGUUGUUCUGGGCUGUGGUUCUUGUUCUCUUAAAGUACGGUUGAUCAUAAAUGAAACUUUGUGAUACAUUUGAACUCUGUUUGUAUGUUGUUCAGCAAUGAUCUGUUUGAUCAAAUGACCACAUAAUUUUUUAAGAUUAUUUGUUCUUCAAA